AAAAGGCAAUUUUACCCUAUUUCUUUCCUCUGCUCUCUGAUUUCAGCGGCAGCCCAAGAUUCCUACCACCAUUCGGCGGCAGACCCCCCCUUUGGACAAGAUUUCGUCGGAAGCCGACCAAUUCGAAAGAGAUUUCCUCGUUCCCCACUGCUUAUUUUCUUCAGCAUUAGGGUAGAAUUAUGAGAGUGAAAAGGCAGAAGCGUCACCGGAAGAGUGUGAGGUUCUACACAGCAUGCUACGGCUUCAGACAGCCCUACAAGGUGCUGUGCGAUGUUACUUUCGUGCAUCACCUCGUCACCAAUCGCAUUACCCCCGCUGACAAGGCCAUCUCUAAUGUCCUCGGUGCCCCUGUCCUGCUCUUCACCACCAAAUGCGCUAUCGCCGAGUUGAAACAACAUGGUCCAAUGCUUGGUCCUUCGUAUUCACAGUCUCUUGAAGCUGCUAAUAGCCUUAUUACUGCAAGGUGUGAUCACGAGAGUCACGUGAGUGCUGAAGAUUGUAUAUUGGAUGUUGUUGGGCAAAGUAAUUCGGAGCACUUCUUUGUUGCUACUCAGCACGUUGAUCUUCGUCGGAAACUUCUCAAGAUACCAGGUGUCCCUGCUAUUUAUGCUCUGAGGACUGCUCUUUUGCUUGAGUCCCCUUCUGAUGCUCAACACCAAUUUGUCAAAGCUUCUGAAGAACAACGCUUGCAUAUGACUGACUUGGAAUAUAAGAUGUUGAAGAAGAAAAAGAAUAUUCCGAAUUCUCUUAAAAUAAACGAUCCUCCUGGUGAAGAAGAUGGUUCUGGAGAUCAGAACAUUGAAGCGCGGGCUGUAGCAAAGAGGGAUACUGCUAGGAUAGGAUUGGGCGUGAAGGAUAAAGUUCAAUUUAAGAGAAAGAGGGCAAAGGGUCCAAACCCCCUUUCAUGUAAAAAGAAAAAGACGAAAAAGCCAGAUCUUCAUUCUGCACAGGAAGGGAAGGAUGCAGAUGCUACUUUGAGGAGUCGUAAGAAACGGAGUAGGUCACGGAAAGGCAAAAAGACUCUGGAGGCAGAUGGUUAAUGUUCCUUGGCUAAAAGGUAAUGUAAUUUAGCUUUCAUUGGAACGAGAUGAAUGAGCAAACUGUACUUUGGUCAAUUUUGGGGCAAGUGUUAUUUGAGGGAAAGGUUAUGUAAUUCUGUCGACAUCAUAAUUAGCUAAUCAUAUUUAUAGCCCUCACACUAAGUUCAUA